GUUUCUGUUCUGUAGGGAUCAAACAAUUGGGUCCCCUCCACUGCAUAAGGCUGUCUUUGUGGCAGCCCAGGAGGAGAUAUGCAGAGAUCUACCUACUGGGCCUCCCCCACUGCAUAAAGCCGUCCUUUUCGCAGCCCAGGAGGAAAUAGCAAUCGCACCCAUUAAGCUAGUGGAUGUUCGUGGCCGGGACUGUGAGCGCGGGGCACAUUCUCGUCGGGUCGGGCAGUCUCCCACACGCGUUCGCUUCGAGGAUGAGUCUGCGAGGGAGGCGGAACGACGGUACCUGGAACGGGUCCGGCAGCGAGGACCUGUGGUGACGGACAAGUCCGCCAUGGCAGCUAAACCAGACCAGAGCCGAGGCAUCUCCACGGCAACCUUCCGAAAAGAUCACGAAGGUCCAGUGAACCAAGUGAUCAUACCUCAGGAGGAAGUUGUGGGUAAAUGUGAGGCCUGUGGGUCUCUCCUGGGAAUCAUUAUAGCAAAGGAUGCGAAUGGUCAGCCUGUGCUGAGCACGGCUGAUGGUCGAGGGAGGUUUGUCCCCAAGUGGGUCUCCCCUGAUCAGAUGGACCCGGCCCAGAAUUACGACACAGAAGACACAGACCUGUCUGAGGAGCAGGUCUCGGCGGAGAGUGUGGGGAGUGCCCGCGAAGGUGGUGCUGGUGAGCAGGUGUCUGGUUUUGGCAAGCUGAGGAGAAGGAGUCUGAAGGGCGAGAGGCGCGAUAACGCAGGACACGUCCUCGGCCCCUACGCACGGAGCCAGGACAUCUGGUCGCAAAGACGGAACUCCUACUCCAAAAUGAGGGUGGGCGUGGAGGAAGGCAACCUUCUGUGUGCCCAGACGUUACCCAUGCCUCCCCAAGGUGUGACGCUUGCAAUAGACUUGCAGCCCACUUUGGUACAUACGACAGCUACAGCUAGCAGUUCUGGUAUUCUGAAGGACACCUCCUCUCCCCAGUUACCCCUCAAAUCAGCCUUGAAAUCUUCCUCCAAGAACCAGCCCGGUGGGCAGCGUGUGCUGACGCUCCUGCCCUCGGUCCAGUAUCGGCUUGUCCAUCUGGACCAGGAGAAGGAAGGGAAACCUCACCACAUAGAGCUCUCGGCCGACGAGCAGCUCACUGUGACGGCAGGAACCUCCUCCACGGGCCUGACCCCCUGUAUCAAGUCUUCUCUCAGGUACACCACUGCCAAGGUGACCUCUGACCUCCCAUCUCAGGGAUUAUGGGAUGCUUCCUCAGAGGAAAUGACAGCUCAUUUGUGCGGAGAGGAUCCCACGGGUGCCUGUGGUCCAGUCGUCCCUCUGGAGUGUCGGCCCGCUCUGCGCUGCGGGGGAGGGUCCAAAGCUGAGAACCUGAGGGCAGAGCUUCUCCGGGCAGAGCACCGCAAGGCCGAGGUCAUGUGGGAGGACAUGCCAGAGGGGGCUCGGGGGGCCAUGAAUGAACAGGAGGGCAAAUCCAAGCUCUCUUUGCGCCGCUUCUUCUCUGCUAUGGGGCUCAACAGCGUGGGCAAGUUGGUGAAGGGGAACCGCUCCAGCAGCAUGGACCACCUGUGCUCACCCUCGGCCCGGCACAUAGGCCCUCCCUCUGUCUCAGCCUCCGCCUCGGCCUCCCCCAUACACCGCACCAGGACUCGACUGCAGAGGACCCCUUCCUUGCAGUCCCUGUACACGGAGUCUCCUCUGGCCCAAUUGAGAAAAGUCUCCUCUGUGCAGAGUCUCCAAUCCCCAAAGAGACCAAAAGAGCGUUCAACAAUAUUGGGACCAGUGCCCUAUAAUCUGGCUCAAAGGGAAUUUGACCAAGAUCCAUGCCUCGGAGAUCCGGAGGUCCCUCGUGGGCCCCAGGGACGUCUGGUUCAGGCUUACCCUGACGGAACCCUGCUGAUAGAGUUGAGUCGGCCGGCUAAUGGGCCCUUUGGAUUUGUAAUCUCCAGGGGUAAAGGUCGCCCAGGCUCAGGUGUGUUUGUUGACCAGGUGGGAGACACCUCGGCGGACAGCAUCUACACUGGGCUUCUGGGGGUUGGGGACGAGAUUCUAGAGGUGAAUGGGGAGAUAGUGUCUGGCCUGUCUCUGGACCACGUGACCCGCCUCAUGACCCGCGACAGCACGGCAUCCAUCCGGAUCAUCCCUCACCGCUGGAUCCAGAGCUGAGGGGUGCCUCCACCGCUGCUCAGGGGCUGGGGGUGCUACCGUGAGGCUGCAGGGGAGAGAUGAGGAUGAGAAUGGGUAAAUGAUUAUGGACAACUGUCAAAAGCUGUGCUGUUGUAUGCUUGCACAUAUCUGGCAUAAUCAAUAAAUUCUAUUUUUUGCUCCAA